CCCGGCCCCUCCCCGUUGGAGCCGGCCCGUGCGGCACGGCGCGGCCGGGGCCGGGGCCGUGGGGCGCAGCUCGGGCCAUGGCGGGGGGCGGCGGAGGGGCUGCCGGCCGGGCCCGGCUGCUGGCCGUGCUGCUGGCGGGGCUGCUCGGUGGGGCGCGGGCUUUCGGCGACGAGGAGGAGCGGCGGUGCGACGCCAUCCGCAUCGCCAUGUGCCAGAACCUGGGCUACAAUGUCACCAAGAUGCCCAACCUGGUGGGGCACGAGUUGCAGGCGGACGCGGAGCUGCAGCUCACCACCUUCACCCCCCUCAUCCAGUACGGCUGCUCCAGCCAGCUCCAGUUCUUCCUUUGUUCGGUGUAUGUUCCGAUGUGCACAGAGAAGAUUAACAUCCCCAUAGGUCCCUGUGGUGGCAUGUGCCUCUCUGUCAAAAGGAGAUGUGAGCCUGUUUUAAAAGAAUUUGGAUUUGCCUGGCCGGACAGCCUCAACUGCAGCAAAUUCCCACCCCAGAACGAUCACAACCACAUGUGCAUGGAGGGUCCAGGAGAUGAAGAGGUUCCCCUGCACAGCAAGACCUCCCUCCAGCCCGGAGAAGAGUGCCACAGCAUGGGAUCUAACUCGGAGCAGUACAUCUGGGUGAAGAGGAGCUUGAACUGUGUCCUCAAGUGCGGCUACGACGCUGGUCUCUACAGCAGGUCAGCCAAGGAAUUCACGGAUAUCUGGAUGGCCGUGUGGGCCAGUCUUUGCUUCAUCUCCACUGCCUUCACAGUCCUGACCUUCCUGAUUGAUUCAUCCAGGUUUUCCUACCCGGAGCGCCCAAUCAUAUUUUUGAGCAUGUGCUACAAUAUUUAUAGCAUUGCUUAUAUUGUGAGGCUAACUGUGGGCCGGGAAAGGAUAUCCUGUGAUUUUGAAGAGGCAGCAGAACCUGUUCUUAUCCAAGAAGGUCUUAAGAACACAGGAUGUGCUAUAAUUUUCUUGCUGAUGUAUUUUUUCGGGAUGGCUAGCUCCAUCUGGUGGGUUAUCCUCACAUUGACGUGGUUUCUGGCUGCAGGACUCAAGUGGGGCCACGAAGCUAUAGAAAUGCACAGCUCUUAUUUCCAUAUUGCAGCCUGGGCUAUCCCCGCCGUGAAGACCAUCGUCAUUUUGAUUAUGAGACUAGUAGAUGCGGACGAGCUCACCGGUCUGUGCUACGUUGGGAGCCAGAACCUAGAUGCGCUGACGGGCUUUGUUGUCGCUCCGCUUUUUACCUACCUGGUCAUUGGGACUUUAUUCAUUGCAGCGGGACUGGUGGCCUUAUUUAAAAUCAGGUCUAAUCUUCAGAAAGAUGGAACUAAAACAGACAAACUGGAAAGGCUGAUGGUCAAAAUCGGUGUUUUUUCGGUGCUGUACACUGUCCCAGCAACGUGUGUCAUCGCCUGUUAUUUCUAUGAAAUCUCCAACUGGGCCAUUUUCCGCUAUUCGGCAGAUGAUUCCAAUAUGGCAGUGGAGAUGCUCAAAAUCUUCAUGUCCCUCCUGGUGGGGAUUACGUCAGGUAUGUGGAUCUGGUCAGCCAAAACUCUGCACACGUGGCAGAAGUGCUCCAACAGACUGGUGAACUCAGGGAAGGUAAAACGGGAGAAGAGAGCAGACGGUUGGGUGAAACCUGGGAAAGGGAAUGAGACCGUGGUAUGAGGAAAGGACGGCACCCCGAUGGUCCGACCGCUCCCCCGUGGAGGACUGAUUGUGUGUAAGCGUUGCUGUGAAAAUGUUGGGAGCAGCGUAGGGAGAUGGUUACACAACCUGUCUCUGGGGGAUGGAGAAAAAAAAAAAGCCUUAAAGAACAAACAGCAAAAAGAUCACACUGCAGAUACAAUAGCCAUAAACCAUGCUGCCCAAAACAGGAAAGCCCGAGAGGCUUUAAAAGCUGUGAAAUAUCCAAACACGUUGUCUUCCUUUGCAAUGUACUGAAGUCUUUAGAAGCUGAGGGACUGUAGCCCACGCCUGUGGGAUGUUAUUUUCUUUUUCCUAUAGCUGAUGGAGGAAAGGUGGUCCGGGGCCAAAUUCUGGGCUGAUGUAGGGCCCAGAUAUCAGAAGGUGGAGCAUCCGGGACCUCAGUUAGAUGCCUUUUUUCUGAGUUCAGCAUCAUGAAGAAGGCGCUUGCCGAGGCUUGUGUCUUUGUGCCCUGGGGAAUUCUGUUGCUCCCAUAUGCUGCACGAGUCAGCCAAGGAUCAGGUCCUCCAACAAAUACCAAGUGGACUUUCCAGGUCUGAGAGUUACCCAUUAUGAGUAGGAUUUAGUGAGGUAUUAGUGAGGAUGAUUUUUAAAGUUGUCUGAUGGUCUAAUAAUAAUUUCAACACAUUAUUUUUACGGUCUGUAACCUGGUCUGAAUUGAAAAUUGGCUCUGCCUUGAGUGGGAAUUUGGACCUCCCUAGGUCCCUUCCCACCUGAAUUAUUUCGUGGUUCUAUCAAUAUUUCUAAUUUUUUAAAGGCUUUACUCAAGACCAUUGGCAGAAGUAGAUGAGUCAGUGGGGGCUGGAAAUCUGUGUAUGGUCUUCUGCAUUGGUUUUUGUCCGUCUGCCUUUGUUCCUGUCCCUUCAGGUGCUCCUGCUAUUUCCAGUGGACUACUUUAUUCUGCUGCAUUCAACAGCUUUAAAUAAAGUCUUACAUUAUAGCGUUCCUUCCUCUAGGAAAAAGAAAAUUGAGUUGAGGGUCUCUUCAAACAAUGCCAGUUUUCUCCAAGUAAACUUAUCUGGCCCUCUCUGGAGACCCAUUGCAUGAAGCAAUUAAGUCUUAAUAUAUUUCAUUCGGUGUGAUGGUAUCUCUGCAGACGCCAGUCUGGGGAGAAGCGAAAUGUUAAGUUCCUUGGCAACCUCAUGUUCACACAGAUCAGUUGUAUAAUUAUGUGUGUCAGUUACAAUUAAAAGAACAUUCUCAGCCCAUGACAUCGCAGUACAGCUGACUGCCUCACAAUGAUGCUCCCAUUGCUCACUGACAGCUAUGGAGACAUUUUUUUAAAGUAUUUUUUACAUGCAGAAUGUGAGCAGACAUUCAGUCCUCAGGAAUGAAAAAAGACACUUCCAGUUUUUGUAAAGAGAUCCCGAGAGAAGAGACACAACUUCUUGGUGAAUAAUGUUUCACAGCAACUAUCGGGUUUACUUGUUCUUUAUUUGAGGAGGCAUCGGCUUGUGCUUGUGGGGAGCUCGAAUCUUGUGUUGGAGGUUUGGGUAAUAAGAAAGGUGAUGCAAACAGAAAUGGCCCAGAAGCACUCCAGAGAACACUGUUCUGAUGCUCUAUCCCUUUGAAGGACCUUUGUUUUAAUCUGUGUGCCCUAAACAUUUGCUUCAUUUGUUUGUGUGGAACCUGUCUGACUGUGGAGCGUCCCCCCCGGUACCCCAACUCACGCGACCUUCAAGGGCAGCUGAGAACAGGCACCGCUUUAUUGCAGUCCUGGCUGUUCACACAGGUGCCCCAUGUGCUUCCCAAACCACAACCCAUUCCAGCUCUGGCCAUGAGCACUAAUCUGUCCCAGAAGUGUGUAUUGUUUCAAUGUCAAUGUUGAAACAUGUGCUUGAGGACUUUUUUUAUUUUUUCCUAAAAAAACCCAAAACAACACAACAAACCCCAAACAAACCCUAAUUGCAGUCUUUGUGGUUGGGCACCCUCUCCAGCAGAACAAGUGACAACUUGACACAUUCUGCUCAAGACGCACAAGCAUUGUCUUGGCCAACACCGCAUACCAGCCGAGCCUUUUCAUCCUCUCCAUAAAGUCUCUCGCUAUUUACAUUGUGUUUGGAUCUGGUUAUUCUGUGGACAAGGAGUUCUUCAGAUGGAUGAGCUUCUCCGUUGUGUGAUCUUGCUCCUAGCCCGGCGAGGGAUGUAAAGUCAGCAGCUAUAUGUUGACUUUCAAGGGAUAAGGAUGGAGUAGGAGCCUUGUCUUGUGACCUCAUAUCAAGCUGUGCCAAAGUAUCACAUCCACUCAAGUGUCCUUCCCUCUGAAAUGGUUUGGAUGCUCUCCUGGCUGAUCUGGUCCAUGUUUGACCUGACUGAUUCAAUAAACGACAUUUUUAACAAUGUUAUGUACACAGUAGUACCUUGUUAUCAGAUCUCCAGCUGUGUUAUCAUCUCCAACUGUGACCCUGUGGACUGUGACAGAGGAACGUCCCUGGUGAUUUGAGAUGCUGGAAGUGAGUUGGGUAAUGGUAACUGUGCGUAGCCCUAUGAAGGACCUGGGAGGAUGUUCCAUGAAAGAGCGUGAGGCACUCAAAUACUGUUGGGAAGGGGUAGGCUGGGGAGAGACAUCAGCUGAUAUUCCCAAAGGAGCACCUAUCCCAAGCGGUCAGGGGGUCAACGUGCCAGCCCAAAGGGAGAUUAAACUGUUGCAGUGAUGAAACCAUCCCAUAAACGUGUUUGUUAAUCCACAUGCAUUUACCUUGCUCCGCUUUGGGGCCGUAUGAGUGGGAAUUCACAGCAGAUAGACUAAAACCUGCUGGUUACCAAGAGUGGGUCUCUGCAACUCGUAUGUUCUCUUGUUUCAACAUUGUUAUGAAUUUAAAGCCAAAAAAUGUGUGACUAAUCCUGUCUUGGAAAUGCAGUUGCUGUGGUUAUACAAGUAGAAACUUUGCAGCAGCUACCUUCCCUGCCCAGUCCCUACUCCCUUCUUCGCCCCGGGCUUAUGUUCUUCUCGCUGCAGGUUUUGGGAGCAUCAGCUGGAGAGGUACAAGCUUAGCUCUUACAUCAAACAGACAAGUUAGCUACUUUUUCUAAAUUUUAAGGAAAUAUACACUGAUUAUUUUGGGGUGUACAGAAAAUAUAUCUGCUUUGAUGUAUGUACUGUAAAUUUCUAAUUUAUCACUGUAAAAAAAAACAAACAAAAAUUUUGCUAUUUAAUUUUUAUAUCAAAAUAAAGUUUUAACCUCUGUGGAUAACUAA